AUGUCAAACAUUAAAAAAAAUCCAAUAACAGUUUUCAUAUUUUGUGGUCAUGGUGCUCAAUGGAAUGGUCAAGGUUUACAAUUAUAUAAUAAUGAACCAACAUAUAAAAAUUUAAUGGAUAUGUUAGAUAAAAAAUUUUAUGAAUAUUUUGGUUAUUCAAUUUUGAAAAAAUUAAGAUCUAUCCCCGAUAAUGAUCUUAUAAGUAUUCAAGACCCAAUAUUAGCUCAACCUGCUACAUGUAUGUUACAAGUUUCUUUAUUUGAAUUGUAUAAAGAAUGGGGUAUUUCACCAUCAUUUAUUAUUGGUCAUUCAUUAGGUGAGAUAUCGGCUGCCUAUUGUUCAGGUAUGAUUGAUAUAGAUACUUUUUGUUAUUUGGUUUACAAUCGUUCUGUUGCUCAAAGUAAAACAAAUGGAAGUGGUAAAAUGUUAUCAACUUUAAUCAGUGAAGAAGAUUAUAAAGAUAAUUAUUUAUCAAAAUUCCCUAAUAUUGAAGUAGCUUGUUAUAACUCUCCAUCAUCAGUGGUUUUAGCAGGUAAUGAAGAAAAUUUAAAGGAAAUAUCAAAAGAUCUUAAAAAAAGAAAUAUUCAUUCAGCAUUCUUGGGUUCUCUUUCAUCUUUUCACACAAGUAGUCAAUUAAAAAUAAAAGAUCAAAUUUUAUCAUUAAGUUUUAAAUCAAAAGAGCCAUUAAUACCAAUAUUUUCAACUGUAACCACCCAAUUAUUUACCAAAGAAACACCUUACACUCCUCAAUACCUAUUUGAUAAUAUUCAUAAACCAGUUAAAUAUUCCCAAACUAUUAUUAAUUUAUAUAAACAUAUUGAAAAUAAUGAUUUAGGUAAUGAAAUUGCUUUUGUUGAAUUGGCACCCCAUUCAACAUUGGCAUUUUAUUUAAAACAAAUGAUGCCUUCUACAUGUGAUCAAAUAAAUUCCAAUUAUUUCAAUACAAAUUUAAUUUCUAUUCAUUCUCCAUUAAACAAAAAAAAACCAAAUGAUAAUUUAGGAUUUAUGGAAACCAUUUCAAAAUUAUAUUGUGAUAGUAAUUACAUUAUUAAUUUUAAAUAUCAAUUUAAAAACAAGAGUUUAAAACCAUUAAGUGGUUUUAAAAAUCAACUUUUACCAAAAUACCAGUUUGAGGUAAAAUCUCCUUUAAAAUCAUAUACCACAUUAAUCGAUAUAAAGAAACAACCAUUCCAAUUUUUAAAAGGUCACCAAGUUUUAGAAACUAAAUUGGAUAUCCAUGAUAUAAUUAAAAAUCAUUGUAAUUUAGCAAAACUAAACAAAACAGAAUUAUAUAGUAAUAUAAAAUUAAAAACUGGAUUAAAUUAUAGCGGAGCAUUCCAAGGCGUAUCAGAAUUCUAUAUAGGUGAAAAAUGUUCAAUGGCUGUUAUUCCAUUAGGGUUAUCACAAAGCAUUGACUCGAAAUCAUUUUUCAAUACUGCUUUAUUAGAUACUUGUUUACAUGGAUUUAUUGGUCUAAUCGAAGAAACAUCUAAUAUAGUAUUUGAUAGUGUCGAGAAUAUGAUUUAUUAUGCUUCUAAUAUUCCGUCUGCUGAAAGAAAAUCUCAACAUGAAAACCUAUAUGUUUAUACACUUAUUAAAUCAAGAAAGGGAAAUAAUUUUUAUGGUUCAAUCAAAGUUUUAUUAAGCGAUGGAACCAUUUUGUGGGAUAUGAAAAAUGCAUGUUGUGCAUCAUUAUCUCUUGUGAAAGAUGUUUUAACAUUAGAAUACCCUUCAGAUUUAGUUUUUUCAAGAUAUUUACAAUCUAAAGAUUCUCCUUUUGAAACACCAAAUAGUUUUAAUAAUUUAUACGAAGAGUUUGAAAUCAAAGAUAUCAUUGAUUUAGAGUAUCCUAAUUGUUCUUUGACAAAAAAGGUUUUAGAUAGCAUUUACCAAUUGAUAAAUGAAUCUGAUUCUUAUGAAAUUGAUAUCGAAUUAACAUGGACUGAUAUAUCCCCAUCUAUAAUUGAAGAAGCAAAAGAAAAACUAUCAAAUUUUAAAGAUAAAAGAGUUGAAAUAAUUUUUAAUCAUUUAGAUUUAAAUGAAGAAUUAAUAGGAAAACAAAGUAUAAAACCAAGUUAUUAUGAUAUGGUAAUUAUGUCAAAUGUUUUAAAUAUUGUUUCAGAUGUUAAAUUCUCUCUAAAUGAGAUCUAUAAAGUGUUGGCACCAAAAGGAUAUUUGUUAUUUAUUGAACUACCAUAUAAAUCAAUCAUUUUCGAUUGUAUAUUUGGUGUAUUUGACCCAUGGUGGCAAAACUUUAAAGACCAUAAUAUUAGAAAAGAUAGAGCUUGUUUGGAUCAAAAAACGUGGAACAAAGUAUUGGGUGAAUUUGAUGCAACAACAACCAAUUAUUUAGCCUCUUCAGUUGUUGGUGCUAAUACUUAUUAUUAUGAAUUUCCUCUAUUGAACACAUUUUCAAUUGAUUUUGAUAAGGUCUCAAUUAAUAAUAUGAAUUUACAUAAAAUAAUUACACCUUUAAUAAACCCAAAAAUUAACAACCAAAGAGAAUAUAUGGUAAGAAAUAAUAUUGUAUAUUAUGAAAGAUUUAAAAAAGAAUCUCUAUCCAGUUUAAAAAAAGAUUUUAAAUCAAAUUCAUACAAUAAUAUAAAUAAUGAUGAAGUAUUUUUACAUUUAGAUUUUAAUUUGGAAUAUAUAUUAAGAUCAAAGAAAACCCAAUUAAAACCAAAUGAAAUAGAAGUUAAAGUCGAAUCUUUUGGCAUUAAUUAUAAAGAUUUCUUAGUUCAUAAUGGUUUAUUACCAAGUGAAAUGAUGAAUCAGUUCGGUAAUUCAAAUGACCCAGAAUUAGGUUGUGAAUUUUCAGGGGUUAUAAAAAAAAUUGGGGAAAAUGUAACUAAAUAUAAAAUAGGAGAUAAUGUAUUUGGUGCUUAUUUUAACUCUUCUGCAUCACAUAUUAUUGUUGAUGAAAACUAUAUCUGUCACAAACCAUCAAAUAUUACACAUACCCAAGCAGCUUCAUUACCAAUAGUUUAUGGGACCAGUUAUCAUAGUAUUUAUAAUAUAGGAAAUUUACAACAAGAUGAAACUAUUUUAAUUCAUUCAGCUUCGGGAGGCAUCGGUUUAUCCUCUCUUAAUAUAUUGAAAUGGAAAGAUCAUAAAGGUUUAAUUUUUGUAACAGUGGGUUCCACAGAAAAAGAAAAAUAUUUAAAAGAAAAAUUUGGGUCUUUUAUAAGUGGUAUUUAUUCCUCCAGGAACAAAGAUUUUGUUAAUAAUAUUAAAGAAAGAGUAAAAGAGUUAAGCUUUAAUGAAAAAGAAGGUGUAGAUCUUAUUUUAAACACUUUGGACAGUAAUGAAUAUAUGGGUUCUAACUUUAAAGCUCUUGAUAUUGGUGGAAGAAUUGUUGAUUUAUCAAUCACCCAUUUAAAUCAAAAUGAUUUUAUGUUAAAUAAUCAUUUUAAAUUCAAUUUCGCAUAUUCAAAUGUUGAAUUUGUCUUUAUUCGUAAACAAAUAGUCAAAAAAUUAUUAAAUAUUAUCGCAAAAGGAAUUUCAAACAACAGUUUAGAAACAAUACCAAUUACUGAAUUUUCAAGUGAAAAUAUUAAAGAAGCUAUUGAAUAUAUUAAUAAACGUAAGCACAUUGGUAAAAUUGUAGUUAACAAUGAUAUUAAUAUUUUAGAAAGAAUGAUUUCACAACAAAAAAAUGAAAAUUCUUUAGUAUUAAAAUCAGAUUAUCAUAUAAAACCUUCCAAUGUUGGUAAAACUGUUUUAAUAACAGGCCAAGCUGGAAUAGUAUUAGAAUUAUUUAAAUGGUUUUUGAAGUAUUCAAUAUCCAUAGAAAAUGUUAUAAUUUUAUCAAGAUCUUCUUUAAGAUGGGAAUUAGAGUAUUUGAUUAAUAAAUUUAAAAAUAUAAAAUUCCAUUAUAAGAUCACUGAUGUUAGUGACCCUGUUUCAGUCGAUAACUCUUUAGAACAAGUAUUUUCAGAAAAUCCAACUAUUACCAAUGUUGAUACCAUUUUACAUUUUGUAUAUCAACAUGCAACUUGCAGAGAAGAUGAAAUUGAUAUGAAUAAUCUUAAUAUAUCUCAUGGCGCUAAAACAAUGGGUGCAAUAAACCUCCAUAAUCAAUCAAUUAAACCAUCAUCAGUAACUGCAGUAAUUGGUUCUUAUAAUCAAUGUAGCUAUGUAUGUGCAAACAAAGUACUUGAUGGUUUAGCAAGCUACAGACGUUCUAUUGGUUUACCAUGUACAGCAUCGAACUGGGGUGCUUUUGGUGGCGCUGGUGUUGUAGCUCGUAAUGAUACUAUUUGGACUUUUGUAGAAGAUCAAGGUUUAAAUGCUAUUCCAACAAGUCAUGCUUUAGGUGCACUUGAUUUACUGAUUCAAAAUCAACAUUUAUCAAAUAAUUUAAUUAUUUCAAACUUUAAUUUUAAAACUUUCAAAGAAUUAAAUCAAAUACAUCAUGAUAAAUUUGAUUUUUUAUUAAAUCAAAUAAACAACUCAAAUGAUUUAAAACUUUCCCAAGCAGACAUUGGGGAUGCAUUUUUAGAAAAAAUAUCUGAAUCUUUAUCAAUAGAUAAACAAAAACUUGAUUUAGAAACACAACUUGGUUCUUUUGGUAUAGACUCUUUGGUUCUGGUUCAACUUAAAAACUGGGUGGAUAAAGAAGUAACUCCAAAUAUUAUCAAUACUCAACAACUUUCAAACAAUAAAAUAUCCGUUACUAUAAAUGUUAUUAAAAAAGAAUUUGAAAAAAAGAAAAAUGAUAAAAAGAAAUAA